CCUCCUUCUAUAUUUCUCUCUCUCUCUGCAACAUUCAUGGCUAAAAAGCAUUAUGAGCAGCACCACACAGCUGAGUACCCAUGCGUGGAUAUGAAAAGUCGGCUGCUACUGCUCCUCCAAAACGACGUCGUGGAGAUCUUAAUCACAGCAAAUUAGCUAGAGGAGGAGGACGUUUGGGUGAGCAUGAGUAUGAAGAGCAAUCUAGGGGGGUCCACCGCCUCCGUCACCAGCUCCGAUCUCAUAGAUGCCAAGCUUGAGGAGCAUCGCAAGUGCGGAUCCAAGCAGUGCCCGGGUUGCGGCCACAAGCUCGAAGCCAAGCCGGAUUGGUUAGGUCUACCAGCAGGAGUGAAAUUUGACCCAACAGACCAAGAACUGAUAGAACAUUUGGAAGCAAAAGUGGAAGGGAAAGAGGAUGAGAAGAAUAAGUCUCACCCUCUGAUUGAUGAGUUCAUUCCUACAAUUCAAGGAGAAGAUGGGAUUUGUUAUACCCAUCCUGAAAAGCUUCCAGGAGUUACAAGAGAUGGGUUGAGCAGACAUUUCUUCCAUAGGCCAUCCAAAGCUUACACCACAGGGACAAGAAAGCGAAGGAAAAUUCAAACCGAAUGCGACUUCGGAGGCGGCGGCGAAACGCGGUGGCACAAGACGGGGAAAACCCGGCCGGUGAUGGUGAACGGCCGCCAAAAGGGCUGCAAAAAAAUCUUGGUUCUUUAUACCAACUUUGGAAAAAACCGAAAACCCGAAAAAACCAACUGGGUGAUGCACCAAUACCAUUUGGGGCAGCACGAGGAGGAGAAAGAAGGCGAGCUCGUGGUUUCCAAGAUUUUUUACCAGACUCAGCCACGUCAGUGCAACUGGUCGUCGGAGAAGGCCGCCGGCGCCGGCGCCGGCGAAGCCACCACCACCGACAUUAAUGUUGUUCUUAGUAGUAGAAGGGAGAGUGGGAGUGGGAGUUGUUCGUCUUCUCGGGAGAUGCCAACCCACAGAGACGAGAUGUCCCCCGUGGCCGGCGGCGGCGGCGGAGGAGGGCUUUGUCCUCCGCCGCAUAUUUCUAAUUACGGCGGAUUGGAGCAUAUUCAUCAAUUCAAAGCGGAUCAUUUUAGCUUUGCUCCGUUUAGAAGAAGCUUCGACGAGGUUGGGAUUGGAGAGGCUUCAACUGCAAGAGCAACUACUCCGAACGAAGAGAUUGGAGAUCAUCACCACCACCACCGCCACUUGCAACGGCAGCACCAACACCAUCCGAUGGCGACCACUGCCUUUCAAGUCACCCGUCCUUCGAAUCCAAUCUCCACAAUCAUCUGUCCGCCUCCGCUCCACCACUCCUCGAUCAUUCUCGACCACGACUCGUACCGCGUCUCUCCAUUAAUGCUGCAAAAUGAAAGCUUUCAGCAACAUCAACAGCAGCAAGAACAACAGCAGCAACAUCAUCAUAAGAUUGGAGGGAGGUCUGCUUCUGGUUUGGAAGAACUCAUUAUGGGCUGCACUUCAUCUAAUAUCAAAGAAGAGUCAAGCAUGGGAAAUAACCCUCAAGAAGCAGCAGAAUGGAUGAAGUACUCCCCUUUCUGGCCUGACCCUGACAACCCAAAUCAUCAUUGAUAGAAGCAAAAAAAGGAACCAUUUAAAAAAAAAAAGAAAAAAAAAUCUUGA